AUGAACGGUUACGAACACUCAAGCGCUGGCUCGCUGUAUACAUGCGAUACGACUGAUGAUUUCGGAAACGAAGCCUUCGACACUGCGUUUUCAGCAUGGGGCUACAUGGAGGAUCAACCCAGCAUUGCCAACAAGUAUCAACAAAGCCCUAUCGGUAUGUUAAGAGACUCUGCAACCUCUUCCUCGACAAUGGCCGACCGCGAACACCAUACCCCAGCCCUUCGUUUCAUCGCAACACCUCUCCGCUUCGAGCUUCUCGUCGGCAGUGUCAAGCUAUCGAUCGUCUGGUAA